AUAACCGAUAGCACUCUGCGCUCUUUGCCACGAAUUGCAAGUUUGCAAUUUCGCCGCACUCCGGUUCCAGCCAUUGUUUUGUGCUAAAAGCGUUGAAAAUUGUGGUUCCAGUGGUGCGGCACCAAUUCCUAAACAAUCAGAAUACAGUGAAAAACGAGUACCGAAGACUUUGUCUCCGUAAAACCGAAACAAACAGUGCCGAAAAACGCCGGCAGGCGGAAGAGCUGAGAAAAUGGCUCUGGACGUGGGUGGCGUCGGCCGGGGCUUGCUCACCUGGGAAAAGCAGGAGCACCUGGUCAAGUUGGCUAUUCUCAUCCUAGCAGCGGUUUUAUCGUUCGCCACGCGCCUGUUCUCUGUGCUGCGAUUCGAGAGCGUCAUCCAUGAGUUCGACCCGUACUUUAACUACCGCACCACGCGGUUCCUCGCGGAGCAGGGCUUCUACAAGUUCCACAACUGGUUCGAUGACCGUGCCUGGUAUCCCCUGGGUAGGAUCAUCGGCGGCACCAUUUACCCGGGACUGAUGCUAACCUCUGCGGCCCUGUACCGCCUUAUGUGGCUGCUUAAUGUCACCAUCGACAUCCGUAAUGUGUGCGUCUUCCUAGCGCCCUUCUUCUCCUCGCUGACCACGCUAGUGACCUAUGCUCUCACAAAAGAGAUCCAUAGUACCGGAGCUGGUCUGGUGGCCGCCGCACUGAUCUCCAUCGUUCCGGGAUAUAUCUCCCGAUCUGUAGCGGGAUCGUACGACAAUGAGGGCAUCGCCAUCUUCUGCAUGCUCUUCACCUACUAUUUGUGGAUAAAAGCGGUGAAGACGGGCACCAUCUUCUGGUCGGCCAUGUCCGCCUUGGCCUACUUCUAUAUGGUCUCCUCGUGGGGUGGUUAUGUCUUCCUGAUUAACCUAAUCCCGCUGCACGUGCUGGCGCUGAUGAUCACCGGACGUUUCUCACACAGGAUCUACAUAGCGUACAGUACCCUGUACUGCGUAGGCACUAUUCUGUCCAUGCAGAUCUCUUUCGUGGGAUUCCAACCCAUCCAGAGUUCCGAGCACAUGCUGGCAUUGGGCACCUUUGGUCUGUGUCAGAUUCAUGCCUUCGUGGACUAUCUGCGUUCUCGCAUUCCCAAGGAUCAUUUUGAUUUGCUCUUCAAGACGUUGGUUUCUAGUGUGCUGACUGUGGUGUUCGUUGUGGGCACUCUACUCACGAUAACCGGAAAAGUCUCGCCCUGGACUGGCAGAUUUUACUCACUACUGGAUCCUUCCUAUGCCAAGAAUCACAUUCCAAUCAUUGCUUCGGUGUCGGAACACCAGCCAACGUCCUGGUCGUCGUUUUAUUUUGAUCUGCAGAUCUUAGUAUUCCUCUUUCCCGCUGGGCUGUACUUCUGCUUCUCCAAGCUGACCGACUCGAAUAUCUUCAUCAUUUUAUAUGGUGUAACCAGUAUUUAUUUCGCCGGCGUGAUGGUGCGGCUGAUGUUGGUCCUGGCACCGGUGAUGUGUGUGCUGUCCGGGAUUGCAAUAUCUCAUUUGCUGGCCAAGUACAUCAAGAGCGUGGAUGCCGGAGGAUCAGGAAAGCAGGGUGUGGAAAGCAGACGGCAGCACAAGAAGCUGGAGCAGCAGACAGGCGGCGUGAAGAGCGAGGUGGCCAUUGGAUUCGUGGGUGUUAUUACACUCAUGCUGAUCGUGUACACGUUGCACUGCACCUGGGUCACCUCGGAGGCGUACUCCUCGCCAAGUAUUGUGCUGAGUGCCAGGUCGCACGAUGGCGGCCGCAUCAUCUUCGAUGACUUCCGCGAGGCCUACUACUGGCUGCAGAUGAACACUCCGGAGGAUGCUCGCAUCAUGUCCUGGUGGGAUUAUGGCUACCAGAUAACAGCCAUGGCCAAUCGGACGAUAUUGGUGGACAACAAUACCUGGAACAACACGCAUAUAUCUCGCGUUGGCCAAGCGAUGGCUUCGUCGGAGGAGAAAGCCUACGAGAUAAUGCGCGAACUGGAUGUGGACUACGUUCUGGUCAUCUUCGGAGGACUGACUGGUUACUCCUCAGACGAUAUCAACAAGUUCCUGUGGAUGGUGCGCAUCGGCGGCAGUACGGAUCGCGGGGCACACAUCCGCGAAAAGGAUUACUAUGCGGCCAAUGGAGAAUUCCGAGUGGACAAAGAGGGCUCACCCACUUUGCUCAACUGUUUGAUGUAUAAGAUGUGCUACUAUCGUUUCGGGCAGAUGUACACUGAAGGGGGCAAAGCCCAGGGUUACGAUCGUGUCCGAGCUGCCGAAAUUGGCAACAAGGACUUCGAGCUGGAUGUCCUGGAGGAGGCCUACACCACGGAGCACUGGCUGGUGCGCAUCUACAAGGUCAAGGAUCUGCCGAAUCGCGGUGUUUAAAGAGAAGAGGUCGCCAUCAUUCCGCUCUAUUCUGUGUUCUGUACAUUAGCUCUCUCUUUCUAUCUCGUUCGUUUGGAAUCUCACUCAACGCUCUGGCUUCUCCCCUCAUGCAUUUAGUUCUAUACUUGCACUGAACUUCAACCUGAAAACCAUGUUUUUUUUUUACUUUUAAAAAUGUCUUAAAUGUACCAGAUGCGUGUAACUCCUUAAGCAAGAAAACAGUUUGUAAGCGAAUCGAACUAAAUAUAUAUAUAAUGUGAAAAGUGA